AUGGUUUUAUGUAUGAUAGCACACAGCCAGCACCGGUAUGGCUCCGUUCUUGACGAGCGCCGUCCUGGUGACUUCACCGGCAGCUCAGAUUUGCUGCAAGAACAGUUUGUUGGUUUAUUGGACUUUGCCGAAGAACAAUGUACAGAAAAAGCAGGAAGACAAAGGCGAAAAAGUACUUACACCAGAGCGGAUGAUUUUUCCGUGCCUGCCCUCCCACUUACCGCGAAGCGAAGGGCAAUCGUAAUGCGAAUGUUGGUACUGGACCUGAGCGGCUACAAAGCACGAUCUGCUGACUCAAGGGCUAGUGCCGGAUCUGGAGCGAUAUUGUGUCGUAGGCUCCGUGUCCUUGGGUAGCAAUAUGAAACAAAUUCUAUAUCAUUUACCUUCUUCGCCUUCGCGUUAAUACCACCGCAAUAAACUCGAUGCUCUUGUUUUCACGUGGGAUUCUUUCAGAGGGGAAUUUUUCGGGGUCGUCAAGCGAGGGGGUCCUCCUGAGUGGGUCCGUUGAAAGAAGUAGAACAAAGUCGAGGAAUUUGUUUUCACUCACGAAAGAGGGUAGUGAUGAAAGUUCAAGUUGUCAUCUUCAUGGGCAGCAGUUGUAAAAAGAUAAAUUUGGCUCAAGACGUUUGUCUUGUUGCCUGAGAUCCAUCAAUGUAGAACAGGGGGAGCUAUGCC